AGUGCUUGGAAGUUAAUUGGUAUUUAAUUAGCAUAAAUCAAGCACUUUAAUAAUACUCAAGGAAAAACAACGUGGUGUUACAGAAGCUUUAUCAAAAGUCACCCUGAGAAACUGAAGAUGAAUGUGCCCAACACAUCAGCACAUGAGGCCAUGCACUGUCCCCUGCUGUCCCCCUGCUGUCCCCUGCACCCAGGGACUACAGGCAGUGGCACCUCUGCCCUGGAGGGACCUGCUGAGCCCCCCCCCUCUGCACCUCUGGGGAGCUGCCUUGAAACCGGGGUGCAGCAGGGAGAUGGGGUGGGGGAUGGACCUGGGAUGCAGGAUGGAUUUGGGAUGCAGGAUGGAUUUGGGAUUCAGGAGGGCUCUGGGAUGCAGGAGGGCUGUGGGAUGCAGGAGGGCUGUGGGAUGCAGGAUGGAUUUGGGAUGCAGGAUGGAUUUGGGAUGCAGGAGGGCUCUGGGAUGCAGGAUGGAUUUGGGAUGCAGGAGGGCUCUGGGAUACAGGAUGGAUUUGGGAUGCAGGAUGGAUUUGGGAUGCAGGAGGGCUCUGGGAUACAGGAGGGCUCCGGGAUCCAGGAUGGAUUUGGGAUGCAGGAUGGAUUUGGGAUGCAGGAGGGCUUUGGGAUGCAGGAUGGAUUUGGGAUGCAGGAGGGCUCUGGGAUGCAGGAUGGAUUUGGGAUGCAGGAGGGCUCUGGGAUACAGGAGGGAUUUGGGAUGCAGGAUGGAUUGGGGAUGCAGGAUGGAUUUGGGAUGCAGGAGGGCUCUGGGAUGCAGGAUGUAUUUGGGAUACAGGAGGGCUCCGGGAUGCAGGAUGGAUUGGGGAUGCAGGAUGGAUUUGGGAUGCAGGAGGGCUCUGGGAUGCAGGAUGGAUUUGGGAUGCAGGAUGGAUUGGGGAUGCAGGAUGGAUUUGGGAUGCAGGAUGGAUUUGGGAUGCAGGAGGGCUCUGGGAUGCAGGAUGGCUUUGGGAUGCAGGAGGGCUCUGGGAUGCAGGAUGGCUCUGGGAUGCAGGCAGCACCCGCGGUGCAGAGCCUGCCGGCUGCAGGAGGCUGCCAGUGCAGAGGCAGACGCAGCCGAGCGCGGUUCCUGCGGGGCCGAGCAUCCUCUCGAAAGGGGAAGGUGGGAGCCCCGUCACGGCCCGGGGGCCCCAGCCCCGCUCCCCCCUCUGCGCCCCGAGCAGAGGCGGGGACACGCUGGGGUCCCCACGGGCUCCCUUUGGGGAGGAAACAGCGAUUCUGCUCCGUGUUUGCUUCGGCAUUUUUUUGUGGCGUUGCCAUGACAACCGUCCCAGUGACAUCUUCAUGCUAUUUGUCUCUUUCUGGGGGUUGCAGCGUUCUCCUCCCCGAAUGAGCAGCUGCCGGUUCCCGGCUCACCUGGAGCCGCCCGGGUUUCUCGGCUCCUGCCCGGCCCGGGGAGCUGCCCCCCGCCCCGAGCCAGGGAUGCUCCAUGCCCGGUUCCCUCACCCCAGCACCUCUGCAGCAUUGUCCUCCCCCAAAAACACAUCUCUGCGUGCUGUACCCGUGUGUGUGUGUCACCUCGGGCAUGGGAAAGCAGAGAACGAGCUGAAAAUAGAGAGGUGACAUUGGCAGUGCCCUGCCAGCCCCACGGGGACAGCGGGGAGCAGGGAACUGCCCUGUCACAGCAGCUGUGAGAGCCACCAGCAGAGACAGGGGGAGGCGGCUGCCUGGCCCGGGGCACCUCCAGACCCGCUGCAGCCGGAGCCAGCCCCAGCUCCUGCCCGGGAAAGGUGCUAGAACCCUGCUCAGGGCAGCCAGGUCCUGUCCCCUCCUGUCCCGCUCCU